AAUACAAAAUACAUAAUCAGGAGGCGGUAGCUGGAAUGGACUCUCACAACUUCUUCAAAUACACAUUGUGUUGUUCUAACUGCUUUAGACAACUGGUUAUGGCCGCAGUAAAUCGACCAAUCGACACAUUCGUUACACAUGAGAUCAAUACUGACGUAGGGAACCGUUAUGAACUGCAAGUACAGUAUGCGCGUGAGUCAUUAAGAAGGCGGUUACGUUUAAAUGACAGACAGGAUUAUUGGCGAAUGGACACGCGAACCUUCAGGCUUAUGUCGUAACGGACAGCGUCAGCGACCAAUCAGAGCCCAGCAACCGUCCGUCCCGGUAUCCUCAGCGCUAGCUUGGCAGCCAAAGGGGGUGGGGGUCAAAGAUACGCAGAGAAACGGGCUGCUGGUGGCGAAGAUGGCGGAUGGGGACAGUGGCAGUGAGCGCGGUGGAGGCAGCAGCGGCGGCGGCGGCGGCGGCGGCGGCGGCGGCGGCGGCGGUGGUGGGGGAGGCGGAGGCGGAGGAGGAGGAAGCGGCGGAUUUCAGCAUUACCAACGGGAGACGGAGACUCAGGAGCUGGCGUCGAAGCGGCUGGACAUUCAGAACAAACGCUUCUACCUCGACGUGAAGCAGAACGCCAAAGGCCGGUUCAUCAAAAUCGCCGAGGUCGGCGCCGGGGGCUCGAAAAGUCGGCUGACCCUCUCCAUGUCGGUCGCGGCGGAGUUCCGCGACUACCUGGGGGAUUUCAUCGAGCACUACGCCCAGCUGGGGCCCAGCUCCCCGGAGCAGAUCGCUCAAUCAUCCGGCGGGGAGGACACCGGGCCUAGGCGGGCCUUGAAGAGCGAGUUCCUGGUGCGCGAGAACCGAAAAUACUACCUCGAUCUGAAAGAGAACCAGCGCGGUCGCUUCCUCCGGAUCCGGCAGACCGUCAACCGAGGCCCCGGUUUUGGAGUCGGAGCGGGUGGCAUCCCCGGGUCCGGUCUGCAGGCCGGACAGACCAUUGCGCUCCCGGCCCAGGGCUUGAUAGAGUUCCGCGACGCCUUGGCCAAGUUGAUAGACGACUACGGGGGAGAUGAAGAGGAGCUGGCCGGCGGCGCAGGGGGCCCCGGCGGCUACAGCGAGCUUCCGGAGGGCACAUCUAUCAUGGUGGACUCGAAGCGGUUCUUCUUCGACGUCGGGUCCAACAAGUACGGAGUUUUCUUACGGGUGAGCGAAGUGAAGCCCAGCUACAGGAACUCUAUAACGAUCCCCUUCAAGGCGUGGAGCAAGUUCGGGGGCGCGUUCAGCCGCUACGCCGAGGAGAUGAAGGAGAUCCAGGAGAGGCACCGGGAUAAGAUGUACGAGAGGAGAGCCGGAGAGGAGUCGGAGGGCGAAGACGUGGACGACGACUGACCCGGAGAGAGGGAGGGAGGGGAGGGGGUCGGUGGUGGCGGCCACUCGGGAGGAGGGAAACCGAUGAAACAUGAUGCAAAGCCUGGCGAUAAAGAGAUAGGAACGACUAUUCUGUGCAUGACGAGUCGAACUUUAAAAUGCUAGAACAACCGAGUAAAAUUUAAAAUAUAUAUAUAUAUUUGACUGAUAAAUUACUGUCUAUAUAAGAUAAUCAUGUCCUAAAGUUUAGGUGGCUGUUAUAGCCAAAUGAGUGCGGACUGCAGUAGUCCGCUCCUGUGUGAGAUAUCCCCAUUGAUAUACAAACUAAAUCUAUAUAUGUAUAUCGAUUCUCUAUUUGAUAACCUUACAUGUAAUGUUAGCCCAGCAAAUUUAAGCUUGACAGUGCUCAAGAUGCACCAAUAGCCUACCAGACCCACUUCCGGCGUGCUAUCUUAAUGGUGAGAGCUCACCUGGUGCUGACCUGUAGUUUGCUUGAUGAUGAUGAUGAUGAUGCGGAAGUGUGACACACCAGGUGCAGAGUGGGAAGCGACCCUGGCUGUGUGUUUUUGUCUUAAUCUGACCUGUAACAAGCAGCUUGUCCAGACACACACACACACACACACACACAGAGCCACUGUCUCAAAGCUAUAGUUGGCAUCUCUGGACAUCCGCUCGGCCCAGCGAGCUCCUGUAAGGUGAUCUGUUAUAAGCACACGGCUCGUGCACACAAGUCCAAACGACCCCCAACCCCCCAGGUGCUAACCUCCUGCUCCGAUAGCGGAAACGCGGCGGGCAUCCUUCACCACGCGUGGCUCGUUUUUCCGUCUCAGGGCCUCCAGAAAUCUGUAUAUUUUGCGGUAUAUAUCGGGCAUUACCUGUGCCUGCAUCAUCCUCAAGAGGUUCUGGGUGCAGAUCAGUGUCUGUGGCAACUGACGAUGUCACGCAUGCCCCCCCCCCCCCCCCCCC